AGCUAGCCGCCCUGCACGCCCUCAUGCUGGAGUGCUGGUGGUGGGCCAGGAAGGGGCUGGGCCGCGCCGUGGUCGUGGUGGUGCUGGCGUGCGCCGCGCUGCCCCUCGCCGCCACGGUGCACCUCACCCUCACGUACCAGCACGACUCGCGUCCCUGGGGCAAGCUGGCGGCCUUGCUGUUCCGCCUAAUCGCCAACGUCCUCAUCCUGCUCUGCUUCGCGGGCGACGAGCUGGAGAGGAACAGCCAGCUUCUAUCAACGAGUCUGUACGGCGGCCCCUGGCUGCGUGAGACAGCGUCGGAGCGGCUGGUGCGACUCCACCUCAUGCAGGCCACCUCCAAGGGGUUGAUCCUGCCCGUGAAGGGGCUGGGCCGCCUCAACAGGCCCUUCUGCCUCGCCGUCGUCGAAAAGUGGUUCAGCUUCCUGCAGGUCCUUCUCAAGGCGCAGGGCCUCGGCAGCGCUGACUAGGCCGUUUGCAUAGAGGGAGUGCGC